UUAUUUUUAAAAAUGUUAAUACGUUCAUAUAAUUUUUUUUAUAUAUUUUUGUUUCUGUUUUUGUUUUAUUUUUUCAAUAUAUUAUCGUUGCUGCCGAUCCUGGGAAACAAUUCCUUAGGUUUAGUUUCAGGUAAUCAUGGUCAUAUACAUUGCAGAAAAAAAACGAACAACAAAACAACUGAUCAUAAAUAUGAUGUAGACAAACAAUACAAUAGUGGAAAUGAAAAUAAAGUUGUUUUUGUGAAAGAAAUAAAUAAAAAAAAAAUAAAUAAAAUUAAAAAUAAUUUUUUAUUACAUAAUUUGAUGUAUGUAUUAAUGCAAAAUAAAAAGAAUGGCACUAUUAACAAAAUUGACAAUUAUAAUUAUGAUGUAAAAAAAAUGAAUAAAUAUAUGUUCUCUUCUUUGAAGACUAUAGAACAAAAAAAUGUGCAAAAUAUAAAAAUCAAAAGUAGUAAUAAUAAUAAAAUAUAUAAAAUUCAAAACACACCUUAUAAAAUCCGACAGGUGUCAUCUUUUUUAGAAAUGCACCAAGCAAAUAAAAAUAAUUAUAUCAAUGAUGGCAUAGAUGGUAAUAUUAAUGAUAAUAUUAUUUCAAGUAAAAUACGUAAGCGUACUACACCCUAUGGUGCAACAAGUAUGAUUCUAAAUAGUGUGGAGGACCCUGGAAUAAAAUUCGCUGAAACUAGGGAAACUGCAUCUGUACAACAAACUACAGAUGGAUGGAAUGUAUAUCCUCCUUUAAUGCUCACAUGUAAGGAACUUGGGUGCCCUAACGAUUAUGAAGUAUGUUCCUAUACUCAUAUAAAACCAAAUGUAAUUACUAAAUUAAAAGAAAAAUAUAAUGAAAGUAUAUACCCUAAAAUGUUUGAAGCAAAAGAAUUGCCAUUCCAGAUUAAAUGUGUUUGUAAAAAAUAUCUUGCAGAUGGUACUUGCAACACUUCAGCCGAAGCUGUGGUAGCAUAAGCUAUUAUAUACUUUUUUUAUUUGUAUUUUUCUAUGAUUAAGUGAAAUAAAUAAUAUACUCUAUAUUUUUUUUUAUUUGUAUAUAAAACGUAACAAACAAAUGGGAUUCGCAAAAACAAACAAAAAAAACAAAAAAGAGAAAACAGGAUAUGCAAAACGUAUGAUAUACAUACA